AUGGGAUUAUAUGAUGAAGCAACAAAAGGUCGUUCAAGUUUAAUAGAAGCUUUAUCAGAAAUGGAUAAUAAUAUGUUAGAUUUAUUUUUAUCUGCAAAAGAUCAUAUGAAAAUUUCUGUAGAAGAUGCAAAGCAGGCAUUACGUAUAGUGACGUUGAGGGAAAGCUGUAAAUUAGGUGAUCAUAUGACAUUAUAUAAUACAAAUACUCAACAUAAAGAACGCGUAAACAAGUUACUACAAAUGCAUGCAAACGAUGUAGAAGAAACUCCAUCAAUCACAGCGGGUAAUAUUGGUGUAAUAAUUGGUCUUAAGGUAGCAAGGACAGGAGAUACAUUAAUUCAAUUUAAUGACUCACGGAAAAGUCUUCGAUUACAAGCCAUUGAUAUUCCUGCACCUGUAUUUUUUCGUGUAGUAGAGGCUGCUGGUAUUUCUGGAAAAAAAUCUCUAGAAGAAGCUCUUAAAAAUAUAUUAAGAUUAGAUCCUUCUCUUCAUGUGCAUAUUGAUCAGGAUUCCGGGCAAACUUUGAUAAGUGGUAUGGGUGAACUUCAUUUAGAGAUUGUUAAAGACCGUUUGUUAAAUGAUUUUAAAGUUAAAGCAGAAUUAAGAAAAAUGCGAAUAUCAUAUAGGGAAGCUGUUGUUACUGAUAAAAUAGAUUAUACAUAUCUAUAUGAACGUGAAGUUAUGGGAAAAAGGGUAAAGGUUCAAGUUUCUUUAACUAUUACUCCACUUUAUAAAAAUGAUCAAGGAUCAUUUAAAGAAGGUGGAAAUAGAAUUACAGUACUUUAA